AAUAUAUUGCUUCCAUUUUGAUUCGAAGAGAGAAAUAGAAGAGAUAGCUACGAAGCUAAGCUUCUCCAAGCUGUGACCCACCGACUGUACCAGAGAAACACUUUCCUCCACUCUCUCUUCUCUUCUUCUUUCUUUCUUCCACUGCUAACAGUCAAUUCCUCAACCCUAAUAACCGUUUUCCUCGCUGUUCUCUCUCCCGAUUUCUAACAUUCCUCCGCCUUUCGCUCCUUCCGGCCACCGCCAUGGCAGUCGUUUCGCGAACUACCACCACCUACUCCUACAGCCACUUAUCCCGACGACACUUCGAUAGGGAAACCAAAGCCUCUGCUGCCAACACUUUGUCAUGCUCUGCCUGGGUUUCUGCUAAGAAGCCUUCUCCGACGCAGAGGAUUGCCACACGUGGGGGAAGAGUGAUUGUUGCUGCUAGCCCUCCCACUGAAGAUGCCGUGGUUGUCACGGACCCACUCACCAAGCAGGAUCUUGUGGACUAUCUUGCCUCGGGUUGCAAGCCCAGGGAAAACUGGAGAAUAGGUACUGAACACGAGAAGUUUGGUUUUGAGUUUGGAAGUUUGCGUCCUAUGAAGUAUGAGCAAAUAGCAGAAUUAUUGAAUGGAAUCGCUGAGAGAUUUGACUGGGAUAAAAUAAUGGAAGGUGAUAAAAUUAUUGGACUCAAACAGGGAAAGCAGAGCAUAUCAUUGGAGCCCGGUGGUCAGUUUGAACUUAGUGGAGCCCCCCUUGAAACCUUGCACCAGACUUGUGCUGAAGUUAAUUCCCACCUUUAUCAGGUUAAAGCUGUAGCUGAGGAAAUGGGAAUUGGAUUUUUGGGAAUUGGUUUCCAGCCAAAGUGGGGAAUCAAAGACAUACCUGUAAUGCCAAAGGGAAGAUAUGAUAUUAUGAGGAAUUACAUGCCUAAAGUUGGUUCUCUGGGGCUUGACAUGAUGUUCAGGACAUGCACUGUACAGGUCAAUCUGGACUUUAGUUCAGAAGCAGACAUGAUCAGGAAAUUUCGUGCUGGCCUUGCUCUACAGCCUAUAGCAACGGCUCUUUUUGCGAAUUCAGCUUUUAAAGAGGGAAAGCCAAAUGGUUUUGUCAGCAUGAGAAGCCAUAUUUGGACCGAUACUGACAAGGACCGCACAGGCAUGCUGCCUUUUGUCUUUGAUGAUUCUUUUGGGUAAGAUAUUUUCCAAACCUUUCUAAUUCUAGGCUUCAUUUAAUACUUUGAUGUUAUAAGAAGCAUUGAAAAGAGAACUUUUUAUCUUUUUGCUGAUUUUCUUAUCCUUCUUAUUGGCUUCCAAAAUACAUGUAUUGGGAAAUAUACCCGUAGGGCAUUUAAACUUGAGAUAUAAGAUUCCGAUCCCUAAAACUAUUUUUUACCAGAUAUUAAAGGAGAGUUCGGGUGUGAUGAAAUUGAGGGUCACUGUUCUACUUAAGUAGGAUACUGUGAAUUUUUAACACUUUUGCCUCUGAAGUUCUUCUGCUACCGUGAUAGGUUUGGUACCAUUUACAAAAGAAGGAAAAGAUAAGAUAGUUAGUACAGCUGUAAUUAAAUUGCUGUAACAGACUCUAAUAUAGUUCUAUCAUACCAUUAUAUCCACACCGUCCAACUCAUUCCUUGAUGAUUUUCUUCUAUGACCUUUUUUUAACUUAGGGUUUGGCCGAAAUUCAAGGGGUUAAAAAACUGAAUGAUGUACUUAAAUACAAAAUUCAAGGACUACUGUUUUUUUUUUCUUAUAAGAAAAAGGACUACCAUGAUGACUACAUCAAGACUGAAGAAUAUGAAGAAAAAAUCAGUAUGCAUAGAGCAUAAUUUGUUGUUUUAGUGAUGUUUGCUGAAUUUACAUGGGUAUUUUGAGUAAGAUAGAACAGAACAUUUCAUAGAGAAUUUAGAGAUCAGAAUUUCUUUAUUAUUCAAAACAAUGCAGUAUACAGUUUCUCGGUAUCUUCGGUAUCUAUAUACUCUUGAUAGACUAUUGGAGAUGUAUUCUAGGCUAUAAUUAAUUUAGUGCCACUCCCUAGGCACCAAUACCCAUGAAUAAUAAAUGCAUAUAUCAUUUAUUCUGGACCAUACUAUUCUUUAUGUGCAUUAACUAUUAACAUUUCCAACAAUGCUGGAUUUAUC